CAAUUACAUCCUAAUUUCUCCAAUUUCAUAGCAAGUCUUCCUACAACCUAACUAGGUUGCUUCACUGCCAUCUCCAAUCCACGAGCUUCAUCGAAGUAUUCCACCAUGGCGUCCUCCGGAAGCGUCUUCUCUGAGACUCUCCAGUCUAUCACGACCACCAAGUUGGAAGAGCUCGCCAAACAGCGGGUCACGUUUGAGGAGCAGUACUCUGCCCUGGUUGAGGUUGCUCGCAGCAAGGAUGAUCCCCUUGACCGUCUUUCUUUCCUCGUUGACGGGGCCAAAGCCUGCUUGGGAGUCAAGACUACCGCGCUCAAGAACAAGGACGGAAAACGAGGCCGCGUCAUAUCAGGGGGUACCUCCAACCCCCGGUUAGAGACCGACCUCAAGAACCUCGACCGUUUCCUUGAACAGGCCCGUUACGAUCCCUCCGUCUCGCCCAAAGUGCUCGAGGACUGGGAAAAGUCGAUCCUCCAGUAUCUCGCCGUUCAAUCCUCCAAAUUCCAGUACGCUGAUCUUUACGGCAAGCUCGUCACUGAAUGGCUCUCCUCCGAGAAAAAUGCACCUGCCGACGGCGACAUUGAAAUGGUCGAGAGCUUCGAAGAACUUCCCACCGCCAAGAAGAUGGAGGCACGAAACGAGUGGGAGAAAGUCGUGUUCGAGCCCGCUGCUAUCGAUGUUCAGAGACUCGAGCAGUACCUCCAAAGCCUGUUCAUUACGAGGAAGAAAGACGUUGCCAAGGCCAUCAAAUCUCUCCGGGACAAGGUCGACGACUUUGAGAGUACCAUGGCAAGUUCAGCUCAGUUCAGCGUUCAAACCUUGCGCUGGGUUAUCCAAGGCCUCCAGAGCUCAGAUCUUCUCACCAACGAGAAGCGCGAGGUUCUCAAGGAUUUUUUGAGCAACGAAGUUAUCCUCGGGGAGAUUGCCGACGUCCUCAAUAUGCGCAUGGCUUCUCUAGCCCGUUGGACCUGGGGCGAUCAUGUCCCGCUUGAACAGCGCCGAAAGCUGAAUGGAUCAUACAGCGUCCAUAUGCACGAGGAUCUUUUGCAGGCGAUCUUCCUACACUAUAUUGGCGUGAAAUGGUCCGUCUUCUUCAAGUCCACUUUCCUAGCCUUCUAUAAAGAUAAAAGUGCCUGGAAGCCCAAUUCUGCAACCAUUCCAAAGGCCGACCGCAAGCGACGCGAGUACUACCUUGGAAAUCAGGCAAUAUAUCCGAAUCUACAAAACGAGCGUCAGCGCAAGCACGGGGGGACUUACUUCAUGCACCAGCUCCUUGACCACGACUCGCAGCUCGUUGUGAUGCAACAAGGGGAGGAGGAGGCUGAGUUUGGUGAUUUCAUUGUCGACUCAGAAGAUCUUUCAAGUCCACCACGGAAGCGAGCAAAGCAGACCAGGGCCGUACCGCAGAUGCAAAUGAUGCAAAAUGCUAUAAUGAUGCAGCAACAGCAGCAGCAGAUGCAGCAGGCGAUUUCUACCGGUCAUCAGCAACAAGUAGCCCGUCAGCACUAUCAGGCCCAACCCCAGGUUCAACCUCAGCAGCGGCGACAAUCUAUAGCUUUCGCGGCAGAGUCUGAUGGCGAGGAUAACCAGAGCGGGCCUAAAAAGCCAAUUGAGGCGAAACAAAAUCUCCUUCAUCUCCUUUCUACGGAGAUUGUGAUUAAUACAAAGUUGCAUAACGAGCUAACUUGCUUUCACUCCGUGUUCGAGUCCUGGAAUCCACUCCUCCCGCAUGACAGCAUUCUGUCGGUCCUUAAGUUCUUCGGUGUGUCUGAAAAGUGGACAAAGUUCUUCAAGACGUUUCUGCAGGCUCCAUUGAAGUUCACCGAUGACGAGUCGGCAGCCCCACGCCUCCGACGUCGAGGCACCCCGGGGUCUCACGCUCUCAGCGACGUCUUCGGCGAGGCCCUCCUGUUUUGUCUUGAAUUCUCCGUCAACCAUAGCACCGAUGGCGCCUUACUCUACCGGCUAUACGAUGACUUCUGGUUCUGGUCUCCCGAUUAUGAAAAGUGCGCCAAAGCGUGGUCGGCAACACUUCAAUUCACGAAAGCCAUGGGUGUCCAGCUUAGCGAGUCCAAGACCGGAACGGUACGAGUUAGCGGAGACGGUGCCUACAGGCCUAUUGAUAACCGUCUUCCAAAGGGUCAAAUUAGGUGGGGAUUCCUUUACCUCGACCCGUACACUGGCCGAUUCGAGAUUGAUCAGAAAAUGGUCGAUUCUCAUGUGCAGGAACUCCGAAAGCAGCUUCAGGGCAAAUCGAAGAGCGUCAUUGAUUGGAUCCAAGCCUGGAAUACCUACGCCGCCACUUUCUUCAGCUCAAACUUUGGCAAGGCUGCGAAUUGUUUUGGGCGAGACCAUGUGGACCGGAUGCUUGCUACUCAUCGUCACAUUCAGGAAGACAUCUUCGAGGGGGGAAAUGUGGUCAGUUUUCUGAAAAAACAAAUUGAGGAACGCUUUGGUGUCAAAGACAUCCCCGAUGGUUUCCUCUUUUUCCCGGUGGAACUCGGUGGCCUCGAUCUGAAGUCUCCUUUCGUUGGUCUUCUCCAAAUUCGCGAGGGUGUCCGCGAGGACCCCUACGGACUUAUGGACGAGUACGAAGAGGCUGAACGAGAUGACUACCAGCAAGCCAAGAAAACCUUCGAUAAGGGCGACAUCCGAAAUCUGCGCUACAACAUCGAAGAUGCCAAAUGGAAGCCCACUGAUGAUGCCGAUGAGUUUUUCUCCUUCGAGGAAUACAUCCGAUACCGCGAGGGGUAUCGUUCAGGAUACAAUGCAGAUUUAGCGGGUGUGUAUCGCGAACUUCUCAGGCGCCCGACUGAGCAGAGUAUCGAUGUCAGCGUCCAGGUGAAGCAAGCUAUCCAUCAGCUGUAUGGGCAGAACAACUUGAGGGGGAUUACUUUCAGCUGGGAUAGUAUGGAGGCUUACUGGAAGUGGGUUGCACAGAUGUAUGGACCGGAGAUGGUGGAGAAAUUUGGGGGUUUGAAUGUAGUAGACCCGGGACUGCUGCCCAUUGGUAUGGUCAGUAUGUUCCGUGAGAAGCGCAUCAAGUGGCAAGGUUGAAGGAUUGGGAAUUUCGCGUGUCUAAUUACUCGGGAUAGCUUUGACGAAAUUUGUAUCUAGUGGUGGUAGUAUUAAUAACCGA